UAUUAUAUAUUAUUUUUAAAGUAUCAUUUCAUAGUAUUUCAUCAAUAUAUAUUUUCAAUAUAAAUAAAUAAUUAUUUUAAUAUAAAAUAUAAAGAUUUUUCCAAAUAUUCUUCAUGAAUGAUGAAUGCAUGUAGGAAAUAUACUGAAUUAAUUCUUGUCUGUGUUUACAAAUUGUGCAACAAUUAACUUGAAAUAUUUAAAUAUAUACUAUAAUAAAUAAAAUAAAAUAAAUAAAUAAAAUAGAAUAAUUCAUAAUCAUGUUUAGUACUUUACGAAAUAAGUUUCAAACUGUUCAAGAAGGUAUAUCAGCUAGUAUCAGAGGAUUGACUGUUAUUGAAAAUCCAAAACCAAAAAAAAACAAUAUCAGAAAUGUUAAUUACAAUGCAGGAGCUGAUAUUUUGCAUAGAUUUCAAUUACAAUGGAAUGAAUUACAUGAACUUGCAGAAGAAAAUGCAGGAAAAGCUCAAGAAGCUGAUAAACUCAUUGGAAUUAUCUAUGAGAAACUUGAACAUGAAUGGAAAAGUCUUACUUGUUUAAAUAGUACUUUAGCUUACAUUCCAAAAAUUAAUAAUGCAAUACAGGAUCUUAUGGAUCAGAUAGGAACAUUACAAGAAAUGUUUGAAGAAGUGGAAGGUGCAAUAUAUCGUUUAGAAGAUUUAAAUGAAAUGUUAGAUUUGCAAAGUAGACAGUUAGAUCAUAGAUUUCAAUUAGCCUUAUAUAAAGAAAAAAAGCUUGCAGAAUUAAAUAUUAUUAAAGCAAAAUUGGCCAAUGAACAUAUUGAAAGAGUAUCAAAAUAUGAACUUAAACAACAAAAAAUGAUGAAAGAAAGACGUGAAACAUUUGAUGAAGUUUUUAAAGAAGAACUUAGAGAAUAUAAAGCAACAGGGUCUAUAUCAAAAUUACCAGUGACACAACAAGGUCCAUCAUUGGAUGAGAUAGUUUUGGAUGUAGAUUCAACAAUAUUUAAUGAAUUUUUAAAAAAUUAAAAAUAUAGUUUGUAAUAUGUGCAUAUAUGCGCGUGCGCAUAUAUGUAUGUUAAGAGAAUAAAUAUAGAAAUAUUUGAGAAAUAAUUAUGUAUAAAAUUCUGUGUGAAUUAUGUAAAAAUAAAUAAUAACUUUUAGAAAUA